GAUGGCGGCGGCCGCCCCCGAGCAGCAAAGUUCUAAUGGCCCAGUGAAGAAGUCUAUGCGAGAGAAGGCAGUGGAACGCAGGAACGUUAAUAAGGAGCACAACAGUAACUUCAAAGCAGGAUACAUUCCAAUUGAUGAAGACCGUCUCCAUAAGACAGGGUUACGUGGCAGGAAAGGCAACUUGGCAAUAUGUGUGAUUGUUGUUCUUUUUAUUUUGGCCGUCAUCAAUCUGAUUAUUACCCUGGUUAUCUGGGCAGUGAUAAGAAUUGGUCCUAAUGGUUGUGACAGUAUGGAAUUCCAUGAGAGUGGCUUGUUGCGCUUUAAGCAGGUGUCUGACAUGGGUGUUAUACAUCCCUUAUACAAAAGCACUGUAGGAGGGAGACGGAAUGAAGACUUGGUGAUCACUGGGAAUAAUCAGCCUAUUGUAUUUCAGCAAGGAACAACCAAGCUUAGCGUGGAAAAAGACAAAACUUCUAUUACCAGUGAUAUUGGCAUGGAAUUUGUUGACCCACGAACGCAAAAUACUUUGUUCAGCACUGACUAUGAAACCCAUGAGUUUCAUCUGCCAAAUGGGGUUAAAAUCUUGAAUGUACAAAAGGCCUCUACAGAGAGGAUUACCAGCAAUGCAACCAGUGAUCUAAACAUAAAGGUUGAUGGUCGUGCCAUUGUCCGGGGAAAUGAAGGUGUUUUUAUCACAGGCAAGACAAUUGAGUUUCGGAUGGGUGGAAACAUGGAACUUAAAGCAGAAAACAGCAUCAUCCUGAACGGGACUGUGAUGGUCAGCCCAUCACGACUGCCAAGUUCUUCUUACGGGGAGCAGUUCAAUAACGGCAACUGGCUGCGCUUCAAGCUCUGCAUGUGUGCGGACGGGACGCUGUUCAAGGUUCAGGUGACAGGGCAUAACAUGGGCUGUCAGACCUCUGUCAACCCCUGUGGAGCCACACACUGAAACAGACUGCUGCUGGGACAGCUCUCGUUGUGUUUACAUAGAUUUGUAUGAAGUAAUUGCAUGCCUUCAAGGGUUUCUUUUUUUACAGUGGUUUAUACUAACAUUUCUUACAUAGGAUUUUUAAAGAAGGGCUGUUAUGGUCAGCAGCAUUAGGUCAUCAUCCUGUUAGCUGCAGUAGUGGCACUGAAUCAGUAAACUUUCAGUGUACAUGCAUACUGAAGUACCUUCUCAAAUUGGGAUCAGUGGAAUAUACAUGUAAAGAACGUGAUCUCGGCAACAACUCUACUGCCCACGCUUGUCUCUACAGGAGGUUUUUGUCCUGUGUCCCAAGGCCUUGAAGACUGCUGCAAACACACAACUGCAGUCUGAAGUACUUCAACAGGAAUGUCAACCUUUUGUUGGAAAUAGUUUUUCCUAAGACGGCUGAAUUGGCAGUCUUUUCUCUUCUUUUUUGUUGAUACAUUGAUUUACCCCAAACUUAGGUGGUUUACCAGGUGUGUAGUGAGAGGGGUAAUGGCAGAUUCACUUUAAAAUAUUGCAUUAUUUCUGACAUGUAUUCUCAUGGGUUUUUUUAAAAAAAUGCUAUCAUAAAUAGUAUUUGGAAAGUAAUACUGAAUAUUGAAAUGUAACUUGAAGUAAUCUUGCAGUUGUU